GAGCUUUAGGUAAGGAACAGUUAAUUCCCAUCCUCGUUUAGGACUCCAGUAUGCUGCACCCAGUCUGUACAUUGAGAGGAUUGUCCUUCUACCAGCAUCACAAGAAACACUUCUAGGUUAUGCAGCUGGGAAGCUGACAACAUUGUGAAAGAGAGGCAAACCCAGGAUAGUCUACAUACCCAGGGAAAUCAGGGAAGGACACAUGGCGUCACCUUGGAGCCAGGAUGACUCUUUCGAAGAGGAGGACUCCCAUAUCACCAGAAUGGAUCCGAAAGAGGUGCAGCCUGGUGGCUCUGGAGCCUACGACCUGGAGAAGAGUAGACAGAUGGAGGGCGAUCCAGAAGGGCACUUCCACAAAAUCCCGCUGGACACAGAAACAGGUCUCAACCCUGGAGUCAGUAGGAAGCUGUUUACAAACCCAGGCAGAGGAAGCCACCAGUCGUACGUGGAGCUGAGUGAGCUGAAGAUGGACACGAAUCAGGAGCUGUUCUGGCAGGAGACGGCGCGCUGGGUCCGAUUCGAGGAGGAUUUCAACCAGGAUGUGGAGCACUGGGGCAAGCCGCACAUCUCCUACUUGACCCUCAAGAGCCUGCUGGAGCUGCGCAGGACCAUGGGGAAGGGGGCCGUUCUCUUGGACCUGCAGGAGCGCAGUCUGGCAGGCAUCGCCAGCAAGGUGGUGGACAGCAUGGUGAAGGACGGCCAGGUCAGAGAGCAGGACCGGGCCCAGCUGUUCCGGGCUCUGCUCCUCAAACACAGCCACCCCAAGCAGCCAUCCUCUGCAUCGGAGCCUCUCCUGGAGGGCGAGCACAUCGAGAUGGAGAGCUUCUCCGUCACCCAGGAGAGGGAUUCUGCAGAGAAUGCAGAAGCUACUGUUGUGCUUGUAGGCGAGGCGCAGUUCUUGGAGAAGCCCACCAUGGUGUUUGUGCGUCUGAAGGAUCCUGUGGUGCUGGAGUCCGUGUUGGAGGUGGAGCUCCCUGUGCGCUUCCUCUUCGUGCUGCUUGGGCCCAGCCUGCCCCACAUGGAGUACCACGAGAUCGGACGCGCCAUUUCCACCCUCAUGGCAGACCAGGAGUUCAACGUGGCAGCGUACCUGGCAGAGAGCCGCAGUGAACUGGUGACAGGGAUCAAUGAGUUCCUGGACUGCAGCAUUGUAAUCCCUCCCUGCGAGAUCCAGAGCGAAGGCUGGCUACGUUCCAUAGUGGAGUUCCAGAGGCAGAUCCUCAAGAACCGCUUCAGACCGCUGGAGCGCCAGGGAGGGAAGCAGCCGUCGGAGACACUAGGGAAAGUCCUACCCUCCAAGCAGCAGGAAGCUGGGGACGUGGACGAUCCUCUCAGACGGACACGGAGACCCUUCGGGGGGCUGGUGAAGGACAUCAAGCGGCGCUACCCUCACUACCUCAGUGACAUCACCGACGCAGUCAACCCCCAGGUCCUGGCCGCUGUCAUUUUCAUCUACUUUGCCGCCCUCUCGCCCGCUGUCACGUUUGGGGGGCUGCUGGGGGAGAAGACGAAGAACUGGAUGGGGGUGUCAGAGCUGCUGGUGUCCACGGCUGUCCAGGGGGUCCUGUUCUCUGUGGUGGGGGCCCAGCCUCUCCUUGUCAUCGGGUUUUCAGGCCCGCUCCUGGUCUUCGAGGAAGCCUUUUUCGCUUUCUGUGAAUCCCAGAAGUUUGAGUACAUCGUGGGGCGCGUGUGGAUCGGGUUCUGGCUCAUCCUCAUUGUUGUUGUGAUUGUGGCAUUCGAGGGCAGCUUCUUGGUGCGCUUCAUCUCGCGCUUCACCCAGGAGAUCUUUUCCUUCCUCAUCUCCCUCAUCUUCAUCUACGAGACCUUCUUCAAGCUCUUCAAGAUUUUCGCGCAACACCCCUUGCUUAAGAAUUAUGACUACCUGAACUCCACUGCAGGCACAGCUGACAGCACCCCGAAAGUCCCCCACCCCAACACUGCCCUGCUGUCCCUGGUUCUCAUGAUUGGAACUUUCUUCAUCGCCUUCUUCCUCAGGAAAUUCAAGAACAGCAUGUUUCUGCCGGGGACAAUCCGUCGUAUUAUUGGAGAUUUUGGAGUCCCUAUCUCCAUCCUCAUCAUGGUUCUCAUAGACUUCUUCAUCAGUGACACCUACACCCAGAAACUGAGUGUGCCCUCCGGUCUGUCGGUGUCUCUCAAGGAUCAGAGAGGCUGGUUCAUCAGUCCCAUGGGGCUGGAGAAGGAUUUCCCCAUCUGGAUGAUGUUUGCGUCUGUUGUCCCGGCAAUGCUGGUCUUCAUCCUCAUCUUCCUCGAGUCUCAGAUCACAACGCUUAUCGUGAGCAAGCCAGAGAGGAAGAUGGUAAAGGGCUCUGGGUUCCACCUGGACCUGCUCCUGGUGGUGGGAAUGGGAGGAGUGGCUGCCCUCUUUGGGCUGCCCUGGCUCAGCGCAGCCACGGUACGCUCAGUCACCCACGCCAACGCGCUGACCGUCAUGAGCAAGGGGGCCAAACCAGAGAUCGAGAAGGUGCUAGAGCAGAGGAUCAGCGGGAUGCUCGUCGCCAUCCUUGUGGGUCUCUCUAUCCUGAUGGAGCCCAUUCUGAAGCUCAUCCCCCUGGCUGUGCUUUUCGGGAUCUUCCUGUACAUGGGGGUCACCUCCCUGAACGGCAUCCAGCUGUUUGACCGAAUGCUCCUCCUGCUGGUCCCCCCGAAGUACCACCCUGACGAGGCCUACAUCCACCGGGUGAAGACGUGGCGCAUGCACAUGUUCACCCUGAUUCAGAUUGUCUGUCUGGUGCUUCUGUGGGUGAUCAAGUCCAGCCCUGCCUCGCUGGCUCUGCCCUUCAUCCUCAUCCUUACCAUCCCCCUGCGCAGGUUCCUGCUCACCCGCCUCUUCAGCGAGCUCGAGAUCAAAUGCUUGGAUGCGGACGAUGCCAAGGUGCAGUUUGAGGAGAAGCUAGGGGAGGAUGUCUACGAUGAGAUCCAAAUGCCUGUCUAACCUCCGCGGGGGGCCCUUCACAAUUCUAAUCAGGAUACACUCCAAGCUUCUGUACGUCUGCAAAAUACUACCCAGGGACCCAACAGUGCCAUCCAGCCAAUACAAGGCACUAAUGCAGGGAUUGAAGAAUCUGAGCCAUAGCGAAUACAUUAACAUAUUUAUGUAUUAGCAAUCAGUUAGAUUAAUUUCCAAGUGCCUAUACUGCCAUGCUAGACUGUUACUGGAAAAUUGUAUUGAUCUAUGCAGGAGUAUACUCUCCUGAACCUCCAAGUUUAGGUUUUAUGUGGUGAUAUCUUAGGGUCCGUUGAAAAUGUAAAUAAAAUAUGCUUUAGAAAUUUCUGUACCUUCAGUUUCCACUUCUCAUAAGACUGUUGUGGUCUCUUUUUUUUACCUAUUCAGCUGAUCCUAUAAUUUGUCAUUGUCAAACCUGAUAUUGUUAACGUCAGGAUCAAACAUUCCCAAUUUCUGUGAUUGCCAGGAAUGAAUAUAUUUGACUCCUGUAUAGUCGAUAGCUUGUUUGUUAGUUUCAUUGCUACCUUAAAUGCACUUAUCACUGAAAGUCCCAGCAAUAUGAUAAACAAACCAGAUUGCUUCAACCUGCUUGUGUGCUUUGUGUUAAGAAUGCUGUUUUUAGAUAUAAAAUAAUGUCUUAUUGAUUUAGCAUGCGCUGUAUCAACAAGAUUUAAAUCUUGUUUUUAAAGCAAUAAUCCUUGUGCCCCCCCCCCCCCCCCCCCGUGUGUUGGCAGGAAAUAGGUUUGGAUAAGAGAUUUUGUAAAAGUGUGAUUGUAUUGUAUAUUGCAUUUUGUAUUAAAAAUAAAAAGCCAUAUGCUUUAAACACUGUAAAUAGAAAUGAAGCUACACUGUGAAACUGCAAUAUACAUUUUAUUCUAUUUUUUUUCAGGGAACGGCGGGUAACUUUGGGGUGCAUUGUUUUCUCGUUUUUUUUGUUUUUUUUUUUAAAUUGUGUGUGCCAAUUCCUGCUGCCAAUGGAAUAUAUUGAAUGCGUUCGGUAAGUGGAAUGGGAAGAUAUAGCUCCAUGCUUUAGAGUAAGAACUCUGUCAAACAAUGACAGCAUCUGCAUUAGGAGUGCCAUCAUAUUGCUGAGCUCUUUAGCUUUGUGUAAAAUGGUUUCACUUCAUUCGAUGGAAGAAAUAGGCCAGGUCAAAAUCAAGUAAAACAAACCACAUGUGAUUUUAAUAAAAACCACAAGGGGGAGCUUUAUUCCACCUUUGAGGAUUUUUUUUUAUCCUGUUUAAAAAACAAUCUUCAAAUUAUAAUUUUUUUCUUCAUGAAUCUUUGUUUUCAAAGUUAUUAUAUACUGCCAGAACAGUCUGAAUAUUAUCAUUUUAUUUGUACAAUUCUAAACACUUUCUAUCAGGGUUGAGUGUUGUGAUGUCUACCAGUUAAUUCAUUCAGAUAACUUUUUUUACCGUCAUGUGAGUGGUUAUAUAAAUUAUUAUAUAGUGUUUGUUUUACCAUUUCAUGUCGGAACAAUGAAGACAAUGUAUUGUGCUUUCACGCUGCGUUACACUAAUGCUUCUGUGGUUUCUGUUCCUGCUGUGUCCAGUAGUGUAGCACUCAAUAAAGAUACAUUAUGCCAA